AUGCCGCCGCGCGUGGCGGAGGCGCCGUCCGCGCAGCAAGGUGCGCCGAGGGGCGGCGUUUGCGCGCCGUGCGAGGGAGUGGGGGAGGAUAAUCGCGUGGGGAGUUAUGCCGCGGAGAGGAAGGGGAGUGGGCGGAGAGGGGCGGAGAGUGGAGCACAGCGCGACUGCACUCCCUCCUCACCGCCCCACUCCGCCCCUCUCCAUCGUCAUUGCCUGUCAACCCAUGCAAUCCAAUGCCUUCUCCUCCUUUCCUCCGCCUCACCCCUUGUGUCGUUCCUUGUCACUCCCCGACCGUCCCCUCCCUUCCUCCUUCCCUCCGCCCCCGCAGUGCACGCGCGGCUGGCGGACCUCUUACUGCUGGCGCCGCACGAGCCUACUCUGCACGCGCGACUGGCGGAUCUCUUACUGCUGGCGGCGCACGAGCCAUCAGCGGCGCUCGCGGGCGUGCAGCAGCGCGUGCAUGGAAACGUCCCUGCACUCGUGGCGCUCAAGGCCGACACGCUCGCCUGCUCACGGGAGGCCGAGUUCGCCGGCGCUGACGUGGCGGACUGCCACGUCAUCGCGCGCAGCAUGACAGCUGGCGGCCCGGCAUCCCUGCAGCGCAUGCUGGCGCGCCUGGCCGCCGCCAAGCCCCUCCUGCCGUCCCUGCGCGGCGCCAAAGACGUGCCGCCACGCCCCCUCCCCUCCGUGCGCGUGGGCGUGGAUGUGUCGGGUGGAAGGCAAGAGAACGCAGCAGGCAAGCACUUGCAGCCGCUCCUGCCGUCGCUGCGCGGCGCAAACGACGUGCCCCCAGGUCCCCUCCGUGCGGGUGCAGAGGCGGAGGGUGCUGCUGCGCUGAGGGCUGCAGAGGGGCAUGCCCUGCCACAUGCUGGGGGGGCUGAUGCGGUGGAAAGGGGUGGAGCACGAGGAGGAGCGGUGGAGGUAGCAACUUGUGCGACAGCUUCAUGCACUGUUGAUGUGCCAGCUGUUGCUCCCAGUGCUGACGUGGCAGCUGUCACUCCCAGUGCUGAGAUUGCAGCUGAUGCUCCUAGUGCUGACGUGGCAGGAGAACGGGUGGCUGACAGGGCAGCUGUGAGGAGGGCGGUGACGGUGCCAGCAGCACUGCUUGCGUUCAUCAACGACGGAGCGGAGGACUCUGCGGAGGAUGCUGUUAUCGGGGCAGCCUCUACGGGGGACGCACAGACGAGCAUAUCAAGCCGGUUGUUUCGGCUCAUCUCCCCUCCUGGCCUGCUGUGGCAAUCCCAACAACCGUUGCGGAUCAAGGAGGAUAUAUCGGAGGUAGCUCAUGGUGCGGCUGGUGGUAACUGGAUAAGAGACGAGCAGCGGUUACGGUUGGAAGUGUGGCUUGAUGAGAAAUGA